AUGAGCUGUAUAGAAGUUUUUAAUGAAUAUAACACAACACAGUUCGAGAAGCUUGACGACUAUAGGGACCCUUUUCCUGAGGUUCGUAUCUGUGGGUGCGUGGCGGUGAAUGUGCAGUAUGACGAAAGCAGUGACGUCAUAUGUGAGCUGAGUGGGGCGAAGGUAGCAGAAGCGGAGUUAGUAGAAAGAGCUGGAUUUCAGUACUAUGAAAGGGAUGGUUAUAUUUCGAGUCCAAUAUUAUCAUCGGAAUGCCCUGCGAAUUUUACCCAGGUGAACGGGACCAGCUCCUGCUACCAUCUCAGCGACUUCGCUACUAAUUGGACGGAAAGCCGGGCGUGGUGUCAGAGAUCUGGGGCCGACCUCGUGGUCUUUGAAUCAGCUGAAGAAUACCAGGCUGUGAGGGCGGUUUUCGAGGUCCCGAAAGCAUGGAUAGGUUUACGGGAUACUGUUGGGAACAGCAGCUGGCGAUGGGUCCGCACUGAAGAGACUCCUGCGUUCACCAACUGGAAUAUAGGAGAACCCAACUUUCUUAAUGAGCGAUGUGUAGAAAUGAUUAUUCAAGGAACUUGGAACAAUUUGGCCUACAAAAACAUUGAUCAAUACAAGGAAACAAGACCGUUGCUGUAUUGCUAUAAGCUCAAGUUGAUCAACUUGACAAUGCCGUACUGGAAGCUCCAUUGA